UUCGAGGCUUCACUGUCCUUUCUUUUUCUUCUGACUCGAUCUAUGUCAGCAUGUGUCAUGCUACCACAAAUUCCUAACAUCCUUCCGCCCAGGCCAUGGCUCAAAUACAUCGUGCAUCCCUCUUCCUUUCUUUCCCUUGCUUCCUUUCUUAGCUGACACCUCUCUUCCUUUGUCUCAUAGGAGCGUAUCCCCGUUAGCUCGGCCAUGGAUGCCUGUAAGGUUAAUAUGUGCAGCACUGGCCUUUCUCUUGCACUGAAUUAUUAUGGGAAAAGUACUGAUUCCUCAGUCGGUAAUCGUCCCCGGCCGAGCUCCGGUCUCGAGUUGGAAAUAUCUUCUUCCGCUGCUGCGGCUAUCGAGCCCUCUCUCACCCUCGGACUCCCCGGAGAUGGAAGAAAGGAUUGGUCAGUCGGCACGCAAUCUUCUCCUACUCAUAGUGUGAUGUCGUCGUUUCCCGGUGGCCAUCCAUCGAAGAUUAAUGGGGAGAACGAUGAGGCGGAGAAGAUCUGGCCGCGGAUCAGUGAUGAGGAGGAAGACGGCACUGCAAGGAAGAAGCUGAGGCUGACCAAGGGGCAAUCUGCCCUUUUGGAAGACAAGUUCAGGGAGCAUGGAACUCUUAAUCCGAAACAAAAGCAGGACUUGGCUCAGCAAUUGAACCUUCGGCCUCGGCAGGUGGAAGUGUGGUUCCAGAACAGGAGAGCGAGGAGUAAGCUCAAGAAAACGGAGGUGGAGCUCGAGUUCCUCAGGAAGUGCUGCGAGAGGCUGACAGAGGAGAACGUUAGGCUGCAGAAGGAGCUACAGGAGCUCAAGUCGCAAAAAUCUUCGGCGCCAAGGUACACGCAGCUCCACGAGGCGGCGCCCGCCUUCGCGAUGUGCCCAUCUUGCAACAAGGUCACUGGCGCCAGCGACGGCUCCGGAAGCGGGCUUCUCGCGGCGGCCUCAAAGCGUCACUUCUCCAACCCCUUCGCUCACUGCGCAGCACGCUAAGGUGAGACGUAAACCUACCUGUGUCCAAAGGCAUAACCCACCCCCUUCCUUUUUAACCAGGGUUUGGGAGAUGUAAUCUGAUACAUGCUUCCUCUGACUGAUACCACUACUUACAUACUAUCUUCUCCUUCUCUCGUAGAAGGAUCGAUCUCUCCUUCUCUUGCUUGUGUCGGAAACUAGUUAGCUUAUGGCCAAUAUUGUUUUGUACCCUCUCUCUCUCUCUCUGUACUGCGUUUCCCUAUGGAGGAGAGAGAUUAAAAUAGUCAUGCCAUUAAAGGAGGAUUCAAUUAUCCAUUGUCGGGUGUCAUUUGAACUGAUUCAAAUAUAUGAACGUACUCUACGUGGUUUGCAGUGUCUCAGAAGGAAUGAUUCUUGACUUUAGCUGUCAGGCUUUUGCUCAUUAGGCUUCUUUGGGUACGUGUAAAUAUUCAAAAACAAAAAUUAUUUCUUGAUAAAUUGAUUAUCUCAGACACUAUUUCUGAGGGCAAACAUCAGCGCAUUC